GACCAGCUGACAUCCAGAAACGAGAGGAUGAAGAGCUCUGCAUGGCCGCCUUCCAUGCUGGGGUUUUCUCUCCUGUGCUCUUGUCUUACAGCAUGGGAGACCACGAGGACUGAGAAGGUGGAAGGAAUGGAAUCUCAUUUGAGAGUGAAGCGGGGCUGGAUGUGGAGUCAAUUUUUUGUACCAGAAGAAAUGAACACAACUCUUCACAUUGGACGGCUAAGGUCUGACUUAGACAAUGGAAAUAACUCUUUCCAGUACAAGCUUUCGGGGGCUGGAGCUGGAAGUAUUUUUGUCAUUGAUGAAAGAACAGGUGACAUAUAUGCCAAGCAGAAGCUUGAUAGGGAGGAACAGUCCCUCUACACGCUGAGAGCCCAGGUAAUAGACACCACUACUGGAAGGGCUGCGGAACCCGAGUCUGAAUUUGUCAUCAGAGUGUUGGAUAUCAAUGACAAUGAACCAAAAUUCCUAGAUGAACCUUAUGAGGCCAGUGUACCUGAGAUGUCUCCAGAAGGAACGUUCAUCAUCCGAGUGACCGCAAGCGAUGCCGACGAUCCAGCCUCUGGCAACAACGCGCGCCUCUUGUAUAGCCUGCUUCAGGGGCAAGCCUACUUUUCCACUGAGCCAACCACAGGAGUUAUAAGAAUAUCCUCUAAAAUGGAUAGAGAACUACAAGAUGAGUACUGGGUGAUUAUUCAAGCCAAAGACAUGCUUGGUCAGCCUGGAGCCCUGUCAGCAACUACAAGUGUAUUAAUAAAACUUUCAGAUAUUAAUGACAAUAAACCAAUAUUUAAAGAAAGUUUGUACCGACUCACUGUCUCUGAAAAUGCACCCACUGGGACUUCCAUUGGAAAAAUUAUUGCCUAUGAUGAUGACAUAGGAGAGAAUGCACAAAUGCAUUACAGCAUCGAGGACGAUAAUUCACAAACAUUCGACAUCAUCACCAAUAAUGAGACCCAGGAAGGAGUAGUGAUAUUGAAAAAAAAGGUGGAUUUUGAACGGCAGAACCAUUAUGGAAUCAGAGUCCGGGUUCGAAACCCUCACGUUGAUGAUCAUCUCCUCCACCUCCAUACUGAAGCCUCCACCACGUUCAUCGCAAUCCAAGUGGAAGACGAAGAUGAGCCACCUGUGUUCCCUCUCCCGUACUAUGUGUUUGAAGUUCUGGAAGAAAACCCACAGGGAUCAUUUGUUGGAGAAGUAUCAGCCACAGACCCAGAUCAAAGGAAAUCUCCUAUUAGAUAUUCUAUUACCGAAAGUGAAAUGUUCCUUACUGAUGAUGGUGGCACCAUAAUCACCACGGAGCCGCUGGACAGAGAGGAUGUGGCUUGGUUCAACCUGAGUGUCACAGCCAUGGAAACAGAAAAUGAACAACAGAUUUCUUCAAUCCCUGUGUAUAUACAAGUUCUCAAUAUUAAUGAUCACGCUCCUGAAUUUUCUCAGUACUACGAGACUUAUGUGUGUAAAAAUGCAGACUCUGGACAGAUUAUUCAGACACUCAGUGCAGUGGAUAGAGAUGAAUCUCUAGAAGAUCACCAUUUUUACUUUAAUCUAUCUACAGAAGACACAAAUAACUCAAGUUUUACACUUAUAGAUAAUCAAGAUAAUACAGCUGUAAUUUUGACGAAUAGACCUGGAUUUGGCCUUCAAGAAGACCCAGUUUUCUAUUUGCCGAUCUUAAUUGCGGACAAUGGAAUUCCAUCACUUACAAGUACAAAUACCCUGACCAUCACUGUCUGCGACUGUCAUGCCAGUGGAAGUGCCCAGGACUGUGCUGAGAAGGGACUUCCAUUUGCCCUGGGAUUCAGGACGGAAGUAAUCAUAGCUAUUUUGCUCUGUGCUGUGGUAAUGUUUGGGGUGAUUCCGUUGCUGUUGGCGCUGAGACAGCGCAGGAAGCAGGACCCGUUUCCCGAGAAAGAGCACGAUUUCGGGGAGACCAUCUUCCAGUACGACGACGAGGGGGGCGGCGAGGAGGACACGGAGGCCUUCGACCUGGCGGAGCUGCGGCGCAGCGCGCGGCCGCCGGAGCGCCGGGCCCGGCGCGGGGCGCGGGCGGCGGCGCCGCUGCGGAGGAGCGCGUGCCGGGCGUCGCUGCAGGUGGGCCCCGACAGCGAGCUCUUCCGGACCUUCAUGCGGGACAAGCUGCGCGAGGCCGACGCCGACCCCUGCGCGCCGCCCUUCGACGCGCUGCAGACCUUCGCCUUCGAGGGCACGGGCUCCCCGGCCGGCUCGCUCAGCUCCCUGGGCUCCGCCGCCGCGCGGGAUCCGGAGCAGGAGGAGGAGGAGGAGGAGGAGCAGAGCUUUGACUACCUGAACCAGCUGGGGCCGCGCUUUCAAAGGUUAGCCUGCAUGUUCGCCCCCGCCGCCCCGCCCCGCACCUAG